CGAAGACAAAUCGUGUCCACGGCGGAAUCACAAAGCCCCCGAUCGGACGGCCGAUAAAUCGCCGGCGAUUUGAUCCGACGGCUGGUAAAUGCUCAAGCGCGACUCAUCUCCCCCCAACCUUCUCAACCCACGAGGUGGGAUCUCACGGCCUCAUCGGCGGGCGAGAUGAACGCCUUCAGGCUCGCCGGGGACAUGACGCACAUCAUGAGCGUCCUCGUCCUCCUGCUCAAGAUCCACACCAUCAAGUCUUGCGCUGGUGUUUCCUUGAAAACACAGGAGCUAUAUGCUCUUGUUUUCGCCACUCGCUACUUGGACAUAUUUACAGACUUUAUAUCCCUAUACAAUACAGUCAUGAAGAUGAUUUUCCUGGGUAGCUCAUUCUCAAUUGUUUGGUAUAUAAGGCGCCACAAGAUGGUCCGCAGAUCAUAUGAUAAGGAUCACGAUACAUUUCGACAUCAAUUUCUUGUUCUACCAUGUUUUCUUUUGGCCUUGCUUAUACAUGAGAAGUUCACUUUUAGGGAGGUGAUGUGGACGUUUUCCAUUUAUCUGGAGGCUGUUGCAAUUCUUCCUCAACUUGUACUACUACAGCGUACACGGAACGUUGAUAAUUUAACAGGGCAAUAUGUGUUCUUCCUAGGCGCAUACCGAGCAUUAUACAUCCUCAACUGGGCCUACCGCUACUUCACUGAGCCACACUAUGUGCAUUGGAUAACCUGGAUAUCAGGAUUCGUGCAGACAUUGUUGUAUGCAGAUUUCUUCUAUUAUUACCUCAAUAGUUUGAAGAACAAUGUGAAGCUCACCCUACCAGAUUGACAACUCAACUAAUGAUUGUAACUUUUGGUGUUGUAUCAUCUGAAAUGUGGGUGGCUUGGCAUGUCCAACCAGAAAAAACAAAGAUCAGGAAAAAAAUUGUUUUCAUACAGUUCUGAGAGGUGUGACAAUAGAACAGUGCAGUAGCAUAUGUUGAAAUUGUGGUGUGCUCCAUUAUGAGGAAACCGCAGAUGUCUAUGUUGUACAUUUGAAAAUCUUGUAGACGAUACACUGUAAAUUAAAGAGAUAAUUGCCCAUUGCACUAUGGAGAUGAAUAUUACUCUGGGUGAUCAGUUGUUUGUCAAGAGAACCUUGAAACUUUUAAGACAGUAUAUGUGACUCUUUCUACAGCA